CCCCGCCCCUGAUGUGCUCGGUCAGCGAAACGGCGACGCAGCCGUUUACGUACCCGGAUGACGGCAUCUGUGACAUCCUCAUCUUCUCUCACUUGGUAAUACUAAACGGCACAUUGACGUCUCUUGUUUAUCCAGAGAGUUACAUCACGUUCCACAACCUCUGUCAAAACCGGUACUCGAAGACGAGUGGUGGGAUAUCGUUCGACGCACGGUACAUCAAGCACGACCAGUUGACGGACAAUGUAAUGCAAAGCCUCCAGAAGAUUCGAGCACAUAAUAUCAAGCAUUAUGGCAUUCUGAACAUCUACGGCAAUGUCCGCGAGGUCACGGAGUAUUCAGCGGAUUUGGGGGCUAUAACCAAGAAAUUUAAGUCGCUCAUCGGAGUCUCGGACUACGGAGUAUCGUCGCACAUUAUCCUCGGUUUCGGAUAUUACCGAUAUAGCACCAAGAACCCUCAUUUUCUUCAAGAUCAUGUGGAGCAGAACACCCCGAACGACGUGACCAUCAUGGUUUUCCUCACGUGCUUAGUCACAAUGCCGGAUCGCUUCUAUUGCAAAGCCCUGCCAACUAAUGCGUGGAAAUCUCCGGACAAUGCUACUGCAGAGUUGGUGGAGUUUCUGCAUCUAAAAGGCUCUGCGUACAAAACGAAUGCAAGUAUAGUGGCGUUUGCAUUCCAGAUGGGCCUGCUGACUUACAAUAUGAGCACAACCUAUCAAAAGCCGACUGAUGCGGUCUAUAAUGAAUGCGUCGGCUUUACCAUAUCAAGUGUAUCACAGGCAUGCGAGCGACAAGACGUGGAACUGCAACAAGAAAAGACCAUGGCUGGCGUCGGUAGUGUUGGGGGGUCGACUUACUUCUACACCUACGAAACAGCACGUACGUUAAAGUCCAAGGCUGAAUUGACUAUGAGCAGCAAGAACAGGGACCACAAGUUCAGUUGGUUCUUGCUCAACGUGCACCUAACCGACGUCACUAAGCGCUGCUUCACUGGAGGUCCUUUCGAACGCUUGAAGGAGUUCAGGAAGUUCUACUAUGAGCACAGUCAAAAGUUGGUUUCAGGAUAGGCUUCCACGUCACAAGCAGUCUCCGUUGACAUCCUGAAGAUUGUGACGCGAUUCACUGCUUAUUUAGCAAAAACAUGGUCGGCUUUUUUUUUUGUACAACAGUAAAUACAAGUCAUGCUAUUAUUUUCGCGUUUUGUGUACUUCACGAUGCGCGUUUGUGAUGACUUGUGUACUAAGUCUCACUUUUUCCGCACAUUGUCCGCAGUAAUGUGUGUACGGGUUACAGAAAUCUCAACAGUUUUGAUUAAACGAAAUUGACCACGGUGCGGUUGAACUGUGAGGUAAGCUCAAGAUCAGUAUCAAAAGCUUAAAAGGAAACAUGUAACUUUCUAUUGGAGAAGUACUAGUGUGGCGCCUCGAUAC